AUGGCACCCGUAGACCUGUCGAACAUCCCAGCCGUCAAUGAAAAGAGCUUCGGCAAUGAAGACGGCAGACAGAAACAAUCCAAGCUCCGAGUCUUUGAGUACAGUGAUGAGCAGCAUGCUGAAGACUUAGAUGGUUUGAAGAUUGGCGAGCACUGGUACAAAUACCGUUUGCUGGAAGGUCGAGUUAUGCCCCCGUAUGUCACACCAAACCGAUACUCGCUUUCUCGACGGAUCGACACCAAGCCCUCAGAUAUCUGCUUCGUCUCCUUCCCCAAGUCUGGCUCAACGUGGCUCUCCUAUAUUCUGGUCCUCAUGACCGAAAAUCAGGGCACCACUCUACGCGACUCGCUCCACUGGGUCGAAAGCAGCUGGACAUAUCCCCGAAGCGAAGAAGAUCUUCGAGGAGCGAGCGACCCCCGCAUUUUCAAGUCCCAUGCCCUACAAUAUGGCGCUGGGUGGGGACCCAGCAAGAACCCUUGUCGAUAUAUUUAUAUCGCGCGAAAUCCCAAGGAUGUAAUCACUUCAUACUUCCACUUUGAGAAAGAAAAAAGCUGGUCGGGAUAUUAUGGGGGUGAUUGGAACCACUGGUUCGAGCAGUUUGUUAAGGGACGGGUCCAACGAGGGGAUUGGUUCGAUCAUGUGUUAAGCUGGUGGGAGCACCGUGACAGCGACAAUAUUCUCUUCCUGAAAUAUGAGGACUUGAAGAAGGACACGGCCUCAAUUCUGAACCUUAUUGCUGAAUUUUUGGAUAUCAACUUAAACCCGACCAAAACGAAUGAAAUUCUGGAGAAGGUCCAGUUCCAGGCCAUGAAAUCGGAUGAUGUAUUGGGAGAUGUUAAAGAGUUUGACAAGUUUUUUCGGAAGGGUAAGGUUGGGUCAUGGAGAGAGCAGCUCACAGUUUCUCAGAAUGAGUUCUUCGACAAUCUCUGCCAAGAGAGGCUUGGUAGCACUGGGUUGUCGUUUGAUGAACUGUGA